AUGUUAAAUUUCCAACCGUUUUUAAACAUUCGUCUAAAGUCUAGACGAAUCAUUAUUCCUCCCAUUCCUUCUCUGCCCAUCUCUGCUUUGUUUUCUCUCUCUCUCUCUCUCUCUCUCUCUCUCUCUCUCUCUCUCUCCCCCCACUUUAUUCCUUCCGGUCUCCUUUUCUUUAAAAGAAAAAAAAAAAACGACAAUUUAUCCAUCGCACCCCCUCCCUCCCUCCUCCCCCUCUCUCUCUGUCUAUUUUUUUUUUCGUUUUAUCACCUUUAUUUAAUUUUAUUUUUCCUUCUUUGUUUUUCCCAACCUAUCACUACAUUUAUCUCUCUCUCUCUCUCUCUCUCUCUCUCUCUUUCCCUCUGUAUCCCUCUUUUUCCCACUUUCACUCCUUUCUCUUUUUCUUUUACUAUCUCUCCUUCUCACUCUCUAUCUAGCUGUAUGUCUCUCUCUCAUUCUUCAUCUUUCUUUCUGUCUUUCUUCCUUCCUUUGUCAUUCUCUCUUCCCAUAUUUCCUUCUCUCUAUUUAACUGUAUUCCUGUAUCUUACUAAUUCCCUUUCUUUCUUUCUUUCUUUCUUUCUUUCUUUCUUUCGUUCUAGUUGUAUCCAUCUCCCCACUCUCUCUCUCUCUUUUCUCUGUCAUUUUAUUUUCUAUUUUCCUUCACUCUAUAUAGCUGCCUCCCUCCCUCUUUUCUAUCUCUCUGUAAUCAUUUUUCCCAUCUUUCUUUCUCUAUAA